UCCGCAUUACGAUAUCACGGCGAGGGAAGCCAACAGCAGCAGCAGCAACAGCAGCAGACAGCAAUAGGCAGCAGCAGUUGUCGGAGAAAACCGUUACUUUACUUCCACCCGCGAGUUCAUAGAGUGAGAGUUAUGUUAUGAAAAAAAUCUGUGGCAAGAACUCAAUAUAAAAGUUUAAAACAACAAAAUGCUCGGAAUUGAACUGAAUGGGAAAAUCUGGCAUCUCUACCUGACGUGGGCAGUCCUGCCAUCCAGUGCGCUCCCUAUAUUACUUGCCAACGCAUUGUUCUCUGCCCCUUUCAGGGAUAGACUGCCUCCCCUAUACGGGCUUCCAUUACAGAAAUCUAUACCGCAAGGGAUAAUAGAUAUAAACCACAAUAGCGCCGAGAAUGAAAGAGAUGAACGGUUUCUCAAUGACCGUGAAUUUGGUGGGUCUGUGUCGGGAGGGUUGGCAGCAGUGGGUAAGUUGGCUGGAGGAAGGGAUGCCAACCUUACGGACGGCGCUCAGGGGAAUUUAGCUGAGGAAAGCAACGCCGAUUUCGCUGGCAUUCUGUCGGGAAGGUUGGCGGCAAUGAGAGAGAGACUGCAAGGAUCACAGAAUGAAAAACUUAACGAAAAAUUCAUUAUUCAGUCUGUUCUGCAGAACGUUCUCGCGCAGGCGCUGGAAGAACAUACGAAUAGGCAUGAUAUAUUAAAGGAAGUUGUGAGAAGAGGGAAUUAUGACGUAAAUACGCACAAGAACUUUUUUGUUUUCAGUGAUCAGGAUAAAAUGAAGUUUGUCUUAAAUUCUUUCGAUUCAUAUAGCAAUGAUGAUGACAGUGUUCCUCCAUAUGUCUUUAAAAACAGUAGGAUCGAUGGUGAACAACACAACAUGACAAGAAUUAUGGUGAAAGAUGCCGUAGGCCUACAGAAGAAAAUGAACAAAACAUCUAACAUUGAAGAUGGCGAUUCUGUGAUGUCUGAAAAGUCCCCAGAAGUAGUGAAUACCCAUAAAAAGUGGCUGAAAUCAACUGAUUUAAAACCGCCCACUGUCCAGCAGGGCAGAAUCGAGAAGAAGAAUCAUCUACAAAAAGAUUUCAGGCUGCUAAUGAGAAAGAGAAGAGACAACAAGGCCAUAAUGUACCUUCCAGUUGGAAGCACCGGAACGGGGCAGGACAACAACUGCCCGGAUUCUGUAGACUCAGCAGCCGUCAGCAUCUCUCAACUCGUCUUCCUGUCCCUCUGCCUAGGAAUCUUCACUGCCGUGGCAAACGUGGCCAACAACAUCAACAACAACAAUAACAACAACAACAACAACAACGACAACAACAUCAACAGCAACAACCUGAAUUUCGCCGCCAACGCCAAUGCCGGGAAUCAGAUCACGAUUCAGAUCCCGCCCGGAAGACGCCGAAGGAGGGAUUCGAUCCUUAGUGCUAUAAGUGACAGGAUUCAGAGGCAGGUUCAGUUGGCUGUGGGUGACAUUGUGACGAAUGGAACGCAACAUCAGAAAAGUCCUGUUUUCUUCGACUUGGCACAGAAGAAUCCCAUUUUCUUCGACUUAUUACAGAAGAAUCCCGUUUUCUUCGACUUACUGCAGAAAAAUCACAUUUUCUCAGACUUGCUCAGUGCUAAAUAUAAGUAAGAAUUAUGCAAAUAUAUUCAUUCACAAAAUGGUUUGAAAUCCAAAAUAUAUAAACUUUGACAGAAAAAAUCUUCCGUAUAACCCUCAAUAAAUUAAACAAACAAAAAGAAAACCAGUUAACCA